AUGUCCUCCCAUGGGAAUCGGCAUCCGCUCAGCGUCAGUUUCUUUAACGCGCCUGGGAAGUUUGAGACAGAGUCAGGCCGCUCGACUGCCAUCGAACGGCGACUCGGGUUCACGACCGCGCAUUUGAACGACUCCAGCCGGUCGAGAAUCGCCAGAUGGUCGAAAACGCGCGAGGGAUCAGAAGCGUUCGGAGUUCCUCUCAGCACGUCCUCACCACAACUAUGGCUCGUCACAUUCGAAAGAGUCAAUAGGUCCAUGAGGACCGCGCCAUGUGGAUGUGGAAGGUCGCCGCCCUCUACCACGAGAUGCCUCAAGCGUCUCAUGUUCCACAUCUGA